UUUUUAAACAUGGCCGAAUUUCCUGACUUGGGAAAACACUGCAGUGUACAAUUUUGUAAACAAAUAGAUUUUCUUCCCUUUGACUGUGAUGGAUGUGGAAAAUCAUUUUGUGUUGAUCACAAGUUUCCCGACGAUCACAAAUGCGACCAGGUGAACAUAAACACAGCUACAGGAGACUACACUGGGGAUAGAAGCUAUAGUUGUACAUUUGAAGGAUGCCAGGGACGAGAAUUAAUGAAAGUUACCUGCGUACAAUGUCAGAAAAACUUUUGUCUAAGCCAUCGUCAUCAAUCAGAUCAUAAUUGUGAGAAGUUGGAAUUGAAAGAAGAUAAAACAAAAACUGCAGAACAUGUCCGUCAAAUCAUUGCAUCAAAACCUGUCAAAGCAUCACCUGCACCUUUGAAAGGAGGUAAAUCAAGUAAGACGGCAGCCAAGGUGGUGUUGAUGAAGCUGAAGAUGCACGCUGUAGGAGACAAGGGCAUUCCUCAGGAUAGCAGGGUCUUCUUCCUUGUCUACCUACCCAAGGACAGCAAGCAGAAAACCAAACCUAUGUUCUUCUCCAAGACUUGGACAGUAGGAAGAGUUAUUGACAGUGUUGCUGAUUUCAAUAACAUUGUGAAUACUAACAACACAGGCAGUAAACAGAAAUUACGGAUGUUCCUGCAUAGCUGUGGUACAUUGCUGGACACAGAGGCGUCCCUGGAACUUUGUUUACAGCAGGAAACACUGUACAACGGGAGUUCAGUCAUCGUGGAGAGUGUGGCAACAGACUGUUCUCAAAUAAACAAUAUGCAUGAUUAUAAAUCCUGACAACAAAUUAUCAUUAUUAAAUCUCCAUUUAUUUA